CAACCUGUUUGGAUAGACAAAAAACUCAGAAAUUGGAGUUCUAUUUUCAAUUCGAGUUUCAUAUUUUAUGUUUGGAAGGAUAAGAAGGUUGAGAAAUGAAUUCCAUUUGGGCUAAAUUUUGGGAAUUAUAAUUCCUAUAGGAAUUGGGUUUAUGAUGAUGGAAUUAGUGGGUUCCAUCACUAUUUAUUAUUAUCUUAUUAACCAACUAUCACCCUACUCUCUUUCUUUAUCAUUCAUAUUCCAUUUUCCAAGAUAAAACAAAUAUAAUACAUUAUUAAUUAUUGUUAAAAGUGCAAUUCAUUCCUAUAGUUAAAGGAAUUAUACCAAACACUAAAAUUGGAAAUGGAGUUAUAUAAAAAUAGGAAAUGGAAAUAGAAUUUCAUUUCCAUUUCUUCCUGAAUUGUAUCCAAACAGGCUGGAAAAAUUGGUGAGCCGUUUGGUCCGGACCGUAAACCGUUAAGAAUUGUAUUGUCUAGUCUAUAACAUAUUUUAUAGAAUAUAUUGAUUAUCUAGCUCGAUCUAGACCACGGUUUACCGUAGUAAACAAUGGUCUCAACCCACUUCCCAUUUCGCUUGGCAACUCACUCAGCCACUCUCCUGACUCAUUAACGAGAUACAGUUCUCAACCCUAAUUUUGCAAAACUUGUCUCCUCAUUUAUUCAUAAACCAUUCUCCGUCACAAUGGUGUAUCCACAUAUGACAUUAUGUCAACAUUUAUAACAGUUCAGGUACAAGUUGGGUUGUUCUAACUUUGUAUUUUUGUUAUUUACUUGGAUUUAUGGUAUCAAAAUUAUGCAUAUUGUGUUAUGAUUUAUAUCGUAAAGAAAAAAACAUAUUUUUUCUCUUUAUUAUUGGUUAUUUUUUUCAUGUGAAUGACAAAACAAACUGCUCAUUUUUUUGUUCAGUGUGAUUUGUACGGUCCACACUAUAACAAACCAAACCACACUAACGUAAUCUGAUAUAAACCUUGUAAUGUUGUGGAAUGUUCCCGAUUCAUUUUACAACUUUUCGAUCUGAACCACAAACCAUAUGUAUGAUCCGAUCUAAACCAAAAUGCAUCCAGGCCAAUCCCUCCUCUCCCUACUUCAUUUCCUUCUAAAGUCAGCGCCAACUGCCCUCAGUCAAAAUUUGAAAAUUAAGGCAACAGGACAAAAAUGGGGGAAAAACAAUAAUUACCAAAAGAAAAAAAAUCAUGUUAAGUUCAACUGUAAAGAGUAGACAGGCAGGUGAUGAAACCAAAGGGGGAAGGCCAACACUCCCCCAUUUCUCAAGGAUUCUUCUUCCCUUUUCCCUCAAUUCCAAUGGCCGCUCCCUCCUCUCCCAGAUAAAAAUCUUCAUCCUUUACAGCUACCCAGAUCAGAUCCUCUCUUAUUCUUCGAAAUGGAAGAUUACAGAUCCAAAUCCUACGCCGACGGACGCUCCUCCCAGCUAGACCUCUACCACUACGGCCCACCGCCCCUCGCCGCCGGAAGCGGCGGCGGCGGUGGUGGAGUGCAAGAUCUCAGGUGCUACAGCGCCUCCUACGCGGCGUCCUCCGUCUACCCGGCCCAGACCGGCGGAAUCGGCGGCCAGUUGGAGAUGAACAACAACAACAACAAGGACCUGAGGUUGAAGAAAGGCAAGUCGGCAAAUGGGUCGGUUUCCAAGACCUGGAGCUUCAACGACCCGGAGUUGCAGCGGAAGAAGCGGGUGGCUAGCUACAAGGUGUACACUGUGGAAGGCAAAGUGAAAGGCUCGUUCAAGAAGAGCUUCCGCUGGCUCAAGGAUCGAUACACCAGAGUCGUCCAUGGCUGGUGGUAGUAGCAGCAGCUAGAUUCGGGUUUCCUUCUUCUUGAUUGUAUCUCUGUGCAACUGUUGUAGCCGUCCGUUCCUCUGGUCUAUUGUGUUGUCUGGGUGUUUGUAAGCUGUUUUUGCACCAUAAAGUAUAUGAUUAGUGUCAUCAAAAUACACUACAGUUGGAAAUUGAAAUCCAUCAAUGGUGUCUGAUUUGAUCCAGCCGAUCGAAUUGCCCUCUUUGUGCUUGUGGGUUUGUUUCACAAUCAAAGUAUCUCUGCCUAUCGAUUAUGGGUUUUGUCUCAGAAUCUUGGAUGAAGCUGGGAAGACUGACAGAGUCAUCGUUGUGGUUUAGAAGGAAGUGGUUCAUAUUUGGCGAAUUGUAUGGUUCUGCAAGUGGAAUGGAAGGAUUCCUUACUUCCUUUCCUUGCUGGUAUGAUUCCCAAGUAAAGCAGAGAGGAUAAAGGAAGGAUCUUUAGCAGAAAGUGGAAUAAAGGAAAUGGCACCUGAGGGGAGAAAAGCAAGGGUUUUUGAAUUGGAAAGUUGGCUGUUGCGGAGCACGACACCUUGUGGAACGGGAAAGUAGGCGGCGGCAGAGGCAGAUUGCCGGAAUUGACCAUUUGCCAUUCCAUGUUAUCGGAACUGCAAGUAGUAAUAAAAUUAUCUUUCGACG